GGUACCACCGGAAGCGGAAGUCAAAGGGGGAUUUGGGCCAGGGAAUCUGGGAAAUAUAUUCGCGAAUUUAUAAGAUUUAGGGGCAGAGUGAGGGUGGGAGUGGGGAGCGAGCCGGCGGAACCCCUCCCAGAUGUUCCUCUCACACGGUUCCCUUUAGGUGCAGACGUGGUGCAGCACUGCCGCCCAAGGGGGCUGAUCCCAUUUCGGAUCGACCCACUCGCCUGUCAGCCUCGCUUAGAACCUCCGACUGGUACCCUGUCCCACCCAGCAUCUGGCUUGAGACGGGAGGUGCGCUGGGCUCCGUGUUGAGGGACUUGGAUCGGAUGCGCUUGGGCUUAGCAGAGCUGAGUGGUAGGAAGACUGGUCCAGUGCGCUAACCUGAAGGGUCUCCAGCCAUUCUGCUGUUCAACAUCUCUUUGCAUUUCUCCAUUUCCUCUUAGGGCUUGGAGUGUUUUGCUGCGGGCUCUAAGUGUGUUCUUCGAGCCCCGGUCGUAAUGGUGCGGGACACUGGGACGUUAUUUCAUUUCACAGCUCUUUGGCAUUCUCCAGCUUUCCCGCAGCCUCCUCAGGCCUUUCUUAUCCCGGAGAAUGGUCUCUCAGCCUCAGAAAACCAGUGUGGGGCGGGGGUGCCAAAUAGAGGGCAGCGAAGGGCAUUGUGGGGCGUUCUGUAAAAGCCGGACCCCAACCGAUGCGUCCCUGGGCCUCGCGCUGCCAGGGCUCGCGAUGCUUUGCUUGCAUACUUGGAAAGGGGCGGGAAGUCGAACCUUGGGAGCGGUUUUGUUGUUGUUGCCACGUGUCUUUGGGCCACGUGAUGCAUUGUGUCAACUCUUUAGAUUGGAGUAGUGCGAUUUUGCGGGAUGGAAGCCGCAAGAGGAUGCAGAUAGGAGGAGCCUUUUCCCGAAAUCUUCCGGAGAAAUGUCACGUCUGUUUUUGUUUGGAAAGAGACCUCCGAAGUAGGAUCAGGGAAGAUCUAAAGGGCUGGACUGAUGUUACUUAAUGUUCCUCCAAAGCCAUGUCCAGGCCAUCACUCAUCUCGUUCACCCCAGCUACUGACCCCAGUGACCUCUGGAAGGAUGGGCAGCAACAGCCGCAGCCUAAGGAGCCAGAGCCCACCCUGGAUGGGGCAGCAGCCCGGGCUUUCUAUGAGGCCCUGAUUGCAGAUGAGACCAUUGCCGCUGAACCCCAGAGAGCCCAGCCAAAGCCUGCCCAGGAGAGAAGGAGGAAGAAAAGAAGAGUGGUGAGGGAAGCAACACCAGAAGCAGGAGCAUCGGGAAGACGUGGGCAGGGGAGCUCCUUCGUAGACGAGCACAAGAUCACCCAGCGGAUACUGAAGGCAGCCCAGGAGGGGAACAUGACAGAACUUCGAAGGCUGCUGGAGCCCCGCGAGGCAGAGGGAGCUGGAGGGAAUAUCAAUGCUCGGGACGCUUUCUGGUGGACCCCCCUGAUGUGUGCUGCCCGAGCGGGCCAGGAAGCUGCUGUACGCUAUCUUCUGGACCGAGGGGCUGCCUGGGUGGGGGUCUGCGAGUUGGGUGGCAAGGAUGCUGCUCAGCUGGCUGAAGAAGCAGCCUUCCCUGAGGUGGCCCGCAUGAUCAGGGAGAGCCAUGGAGAGACCAGGCACCCAGGGAACCGGGCUCUCUCCUCCAUCCCCCAGUACUGUGAGACCUGCAAUGCCUGCUUUGAAGAUUCCAACCACUGCACAUCUACUGCCCACCUGCUGUCACUAGCCAGGGGUCCCCGGCCCCCCAGGGGUCCCCUUGGGGUAGCCACAUCCAGCCCCGGUUUCAGGCUGCUGCUCAAGGGAGGCUGGGAGCCAGGAAUGGGGCUGGGGCCUCGAGGUGAAGGCCGUGCCAGCCCUAUCCCCACUGUCCUCAAGAGGGACCAGGAAGGACUGGGCUACAGACCGGCACCCCAGCCUCGAGUCACACACUUCCCUGCCCGGGAUCCCCGGGCUGUGUCUGGGAAGGAGAGAGCCCUUCGGGUGGCCACACUGAGCCGAAAGCAGAACAGAAGGCAGGAGGAAAAGGGUCGGGCCUGGGAGCGGGACCUCAGGAUAUACAUGAACCUGGAGUUCUGACUCAGUGCAGUUUGACUCUGGUCUGCUACUAGGGUCUGAACUUGGACUUCUGACAUGAGCACUUCGAUUUCUACUUCCUGGGAUCUACCUGGGUGCCAAACCUUCAGGUUUUAAUCAGUGGUUUCUGGUCUUGGGAGAGAGCUGCUGACAGUUGAGAAAUAAAUCAACCUUUUCCCUCCCUUAUGGCUUAUUUACUUUUUUGGAAGCUGGUGUGAGAAAGCCUAACAGAAGCCUGGGGACGCAUGUGCAUCUCACUUGAGCUGGAAGAGGCAUCCUCUGCAGUGGCAUGGUAACUUCCUGCCGGUCCUGAACUGUUCUGGGAGUGCCCCACCUUUUUCAGAUCCCUUCACCAGGAAUUUACACCUCUACCAGGAGGGCCCUCUGACCACUCCUGUCACUGAUUUCAGAAAUGGUAGCAGGGCGUGGUGGCACAUACCUGUAAUCUCAGCACUCUGGGAGGCUGAGGUAGGAGGAUUACAAAUUUGAGCCCAGCGGAGGAAUUUAGCAAGACCCUGUCUCAAAAUGGCUGGGAUAUUAGCUCAGUGCUGUAUUUGACCCCUCGUGCAUUUAAAAUAACAAAGCACUGAAGGAGCACACAGUUAGGGGGAGUCAUGAUACCAAAUGUUAUAAUGCAGCAUCCAGAUGCUGAAUACAGCAUGAGAAGCAGAAGAGGAAGCAGGGGGCCCCUGGGACACAACAAGGCUCUGAAGGAAGACUUGGAGCCCACAGGGACAGAGAAGAGAGACCUCUCAGAAGGAGGUGGCACCUCCAGUGACUCACUGAAAGGCAGCUAGAACCUGCAGACCCACCCAGAGGCCUUCCCCGAGAAACGCCAGUGGAAUGGAGCCUUGGAAGCAGCAGACCACAGGGCUGGUGAGUUACCAAGGACGGCUGGCAGGUAGCCACCUGGAGAGGCCCAACUGAGCUUAGAGUUUAGCAGCUGCAGGCUGGCUCCAUCUAGCAGCUCCCAGUGUCAGGAUGAGGCAGAACUGAAUUCAAAUUGGCGCGCAAACAGGUUCUAGCCUCAUGGCCAGAAACCACCCUGAACUUCAGUGGGACUAAGGAUGGAGGCUUGCUGGGAUUAUGCACUACCCUGCCAUAGAUUUAUGGCUGACUUGCUGGGGUUAAUUAUGCAUCUAGGCUCUGUUUGCCCGCACUGCCUGCUAGUAACAGCGGAGACAUCACCUGAAGUGGAUUUUUUUUUUUUUGGUACCAGGGAUUGAACUCAUGACCAAAUGCUUGCCAGGCAGGUACUUACACCACUGAGCUAAAUCCCUGGCUUUUUCUCCUAUUUUUGUUCUUUUCCUUGUUUUCUCAAUUGUUUGUUCUUGUUUUCAUAGGAGUGUAAACAUUGUUUCUAGUUUUUUCUUUCUUUCUCUCUUUCCCUCCUGGCUUUUUGACGAGCUUCCCAAAAUUCGAAUAAUCUUACUUUGCCCUCCAGUCUCAUCAUAUCUUCCUUUUCUAUUUCUCUGUUUUUCUGUCAACACCUUUUAAAUUUUCUCCUUUGAGGGUAAAAUUACCAUGUUGAGGCUUAUAUAUUGUAUAUAAUUUUCUGAUUUGUUUUUAAAUCUCAUUAUAUAUCCGUAAAUAUAGUUUAUACAAUUAAAGGUGAAAAAUUAAUAGUUA